AUGGAAAUGAAGAACGUCGUUGUUCUAGCAUUCAUCUGCGCCAUUAUUGCCGUCGUCGGAGGUCAAGCCCCAGCUGUUUCCCCGACGAUCGCGCCUCCUUCAAUUGUCACAACGCUUGCUGCUUCACCAACCAUAGCACUGUCGGCGAAGUCUCCAGUUUCUACUCCUCCGAUGCUUUCUGUUCCUACUCCAGUUAGUUCACCACCUACUGCGGUGCCAGUGAGUUCUCCUCCUGCUGUGGUGCUAGUGAGUUCUCCUCCAAUGAUUGAAUCUCGACCGGUUCCUGAACCAGUGACCUCUCCUGUACCAGAGAUUGCUUCCACACCUGAAGCUUCUGCUCCGGCUCCGAGCAAGAAGAAGACGAAGAAGACUGCUCCAUCGUCGUCGCCUACCGGGGCACUUUCUCCUCGACCGAGUGGAGACGACUCUCCCUCUCCUACUUUUUCUUUUCUGAUUUCGCCUCUUGUGGGAUCUAGUUUGUUGUUGUUGUUCGAUUUGACUAAUAACAGUUUCUCCAGUUUUAUUCCUUCGGAAUUAGCGAGGUUGGCCAGAACAGGCUUUCCGGUGGGAUGCCAGAAGAGAUUGGGAAUCUAA